GGAAGUCGUAGCUGCUCUCAACUGCUGUGUUUGUGUUCGGGAGAGCCGGCGUCGGUGCAGUGAUGUGUGUCGGAUGCGUUACUUGAUGUUGGUGCACAUCUUCGUGUGUACCCGUCGGCCUUUCCACACACGGACGGGGCUGAGGCUGUAUGUUGGUAUACUUCCAUCGUUCUGGCGGUUUUCGGCUCUGUACGUGUACACAGAGAGCCUGCUCUCAAUCUAGCUUGCUUUUGCUGUGGUUAGGCUUUGCGAUGGAAAACAUCGGGCUAGUGUGACAUAAGUAUUUUAAGGUAGGCUCGUUCGUUUUUCACCAUGUUUGUGUACGUAGCAUAAGGUAAGUCUAUUUUAUCCUUCGAGGAUAGAGUUUUAAAUUUGUGUUAUACUUUUUGCUUUACAGUUUUUAGUUUGAUAACUUAAAUUACUAACACCACUAACACCAAACGUUGGUUUAUUAGGCGAAAAAGCAUACCUUGGUGAUUUAAAAGUAUCUUAUAACUAGAGAGGAAGCCAGCGUGUUUUAUGCAACACUGGGAACCCUGGGUGUCCUUUCGAUUCCCUACGCGCCAUGCGCGUCAGAUUACCAUAGCAACGGAUUUCCUCAAACAAAUCGACAGUAAUCAUUAGUGUCGGCUUAAAAAAUUCUCCAAUCGAAAAAUUUGCCACGGCCACGCAAAUGAACCUGGACCGCUUCACGCUAAUCUCCAACGGAGUUGUGGAGUUUAAGUCCACGUGGCGAACGGCAGGCGAAAAGCCUGACCUUGUGGACAGUUGCACUGGCACCGAAGCGCCGGCACCGCAGAUCGACGCCUCGACGGAUGCCGCCGAGCGGAAGGACGCCGGGACUCAAACGGGAGGAUCUCCGCGCCAUUCCAACGCCACGUGCGACGAUGCCAAGCUGUCCGCCUGGUUGCGUAAGGUUUGUCCACUGGUCGAGGAAGAGUUGUCGUACGGAAUUACGGAUCUACCGGACGCAAACGAUAACUUUAGCGAUUCGUCGGGUAGACUGUUGAUCCGGAAGCAUCAGGAACUCACUAUGAGGAAAUUGAACCCAGAACUGGAGAACGGUCAAAAGUUGAACAUGGGAGCGGCGGCUUGGCUGUCGAUUCGUACUAGGGAUGCUCCGUUGCUGGUUUUGUCCUGCGGAUCGCAUCACGAGGCAUGGUGCGAGCAUACGUUUGCUUCAAUAACAGCUUUUACGCCGAAACGUGACGCUUACGGAUCGGUCCAGUGGGUUGAGCUUAGCAGCAGUCCCGUGAAGGCCUGCAUCGAGACGCUCGAGACGAAUCCUUUCAACAAGGACAUAUUUGCUGGGGGAACCGUUUCCGGCGAUGUCUACAUCUGGCAGUACGAACUUAACUUCAGGCAUGAGCAGAAUUCUUUUACGGAAAUUUUCUCCGAGACCACCGACUUUGGAAAGGUCGUCGACAUGGCCUGGAUCAGGUCGAACCCAAUGACCAAAGAUUUUGGACUGUUGUCUUGCCACAGCGAUGCAACCGUGAUUCUAUGGAAGAUUGGCAAGCACGUCGGAAAGGAUAAAACAUUCCGCAUUUCGACCUCAACAUCAUCCCGUAAAGCGUUGAUUCUAACGCAGAUUUUAGCCAUUUCCAACUCGGAAUUCGUGGUAGGUUCCGUCGAUGGCAGCAUGCUGCUCUGCUCCAUGACCCAGUUGAUACCCAUCGGAUCUGCAAACAACGGCUCCUCUUCUAAGAAAAGCUACUUUGCACCGUCAAUCACCGAGCUCAAGCCGCACUCCUUCGCGGUGACCACGUUGCUCAAGCUGGAGAACGACCGCCAGCAGUUCCUGAUCAGCUGCGAUCUCACCGGCGAGGUGUACUUCCACGAUGUCACCGAUGCGAUCAACACAACACCCACGCUGGUCAUCAAGAUGCCACUGCCGUUUAAGAAUCGGAUAAUCUGCACCGACGACAUGCGGUUCAUUCUGAGUCCGAACACGGACGGUGUGCUGGAGAUUUACAAUAUCGAUAGCGGAUCGCAGGAUGUGGUUGAAUGUGGCGGCAUGAAGGGACGGCCCGGCUUAAUACGGGCUAGCGCGAAUGGGAAAUGGCUAAUUACAGGACCAUAUAAUGGAAGUUUCAUAUUGUAUUCCGUGGAAAAAGAUUGUUAAUUUUUUUUUGCAGCUCUGCCUUUGCAAUUUAUUUUAUUUUAUCAUUGAAUAGAGGAAAUAAACCCAUU